GGAUCAAAAAAGUAAUUUCUCCUUCACGUUAGAAAUUGGACAAAACUGUCCAAAUUUGUUUUGUACUUUUCUCACUAAUUGACCUAAAAAUUGAAACAUUGAUCGAACAAUAUAGUGACAUGAGUAGGGCAUAUAUUGCUACGUAGUUUAACUGGUGCAUGAUAAUUGGAACUAUUGACCACCAAAUUAUGUUGGGGUAGGGGUUUAAAAGUAAUUACAAAGAGGAGCUGGACUUUGGAGUAGUGGGAAGCCAUGUCGAGAUGAAGUCGUGGGAAGGCACAAAAGAGUUAACCGGGUCAACAGUCUACUUCUACCGAACAUCUUCCGAAAAUAAACCAACCUGCCCUUAAACACGUAUCAGGAAAACAAGAAACAUCUUCAAUCUUAAACAAACUUCUCUCUCAAAUAUCCCAUCCUUCUCCUUGAUUCAUUUUUCCGCGAUUCGCAUGCAUACAUACAAUAGUCUUCGGAUCGGAUAGCUUCUAUUUUGCACCUUCACAUCCAUUUAAUUAGAAAGAGCAAAUGGAGAAGAAUACACCGCAUAUUAAUCAGCUGGUAUGUGAAGAUGUUGAUUAUAAUAGAUUCAAAAAUACCGUUUCCACGUCUGAUGAUGAUCCCUCGGAACUCCCCGAAAAUGUUGAAAAUUUCUCCAAAAUCAUAGAGUCCAGGAUUGCAAAAUGUAAUUCCGGGGAAACUCCAACCAGAUUGGAAAAGAUGACCGAGGAAGAGUCAUUUUUCCUUGAAGCCGUGAUGCAUUUAUCCAAAUUGACAAAUACCAUUUCCAAAUCUCCAUCUGCAGGAUCCACGUUGUUGAGCAGAACCAAUAUGGUCUUGCAACGAGCCAUGACUUUCAUGGAAGAAGAAUUGCGAACCUUAUUAGAAGAUUUCGGAGGUAGACGUUCCAAUUCAAAAGUUGAUAAAAAUCCAGAAUUCGAGGAUUAUCCAUCGUAUCCGCUAGAGGUCGUGACAAGAAUGAAUCGAAUUGCCAUUGCCAUGAUCUCAGCCGGGUUUGAAACAGCUUGUUGUCAAGUGUAUUCUAUUUCCCGAAGAAACGCAUUGUAUGAGCAAAUGAAAAUGAUUGAAUUCGAGAAGAUCAAUGUGGAUGACGUGCAAAGAAUGUCUUGGGAUUCUCUAGAAGGAGAGAUCACUAGAUGGAUCAAUGUUGCGAGGAGCUGCUCAAACACUUUGUUCCCUGGCGAGAGGAGACUCGGAGAGUCAGUUUUCUCCGAUUCUCCAAUGAUCUCUCAAAGCCUCUUUAACAACCUGGCACGUUCCAUCGUGAUUCAGAUUCUUGACUUCGCUGAGGCGGUCUCCCGGACAAAACGCUCUGCUGAGAAACUCUUCAAGUAUCUAGAUAUAUACGAUACCAUUAGUGAUCUCAUUCAUGCAAUAAGUGAAUCUCUUUCCUUUAAUGACUCCGAGCACGAACUGAAGUCUGAGAUCUUAGCUACCAGAGAUAGGUUCGGGGAGGCUGCCGUGAAUAUAUUCUGUGAUCUCGAAAACUCCAUCAAGAAUGAUGCAGCAAGAACACCGGUCCCUGGUGGUGCGGUGCACCCGCUCACACGUUACGUCAUGAAUUAUCUAAAAUACGCCUGUGAGUACAAAGACACCCUUAAACACAUUUUCAAGGAACAUGCAAAGUUGGCCGCCAUGUCACCGUCCAAGUGGAAAUCAUCAGUGGAUGAUCACGUUGAUAAAGAGAGCGAAAGCCCCCAGGAUGUAGCUGAGACGACGCCGUUAACAGCACAACUCAUGACAAUAAUGGAUCUGUUAGAUGCAAAUCUUGAAGCCAAGUCAAACCUAUAUAGAGACUCUUCCUUGCGUGACAUAUUCCUAAUGAACAACGGCAGAUACAUCUUACAAAAAGCCAAAGGAUCCACGGAGGUCCGCCAAGUGAUGGGUGACACGUGGUGUCGAAGAAGAUCGACAACCGUGAGGCAAUACCACAAGAAUUACCAAAGAGAAACAUGGGGAAGAGUGCUACAAAUACUAAGUCACGAUGGGAUGCAAGUCAAUGGGAAGGUGACAAAGCCAGUAGUGAAAGAGAGGUUCAAGAAUUUCAGCACCAUGCUGGAUGAAAUCCAUCGUACACAGAGCACUUGGGUAGUGAGUGACGAGCAGCUUCGAUCCGAGCUCAGAGUGUCUAUAUCCGCGGUGUUAAUUCCAGCUUACAGGUCCUUCUGUGGAAGAUUUAGGCAGUAUCUAGACAAUACAAAACAUUCAGACAAGUAUAUAAAGUAUCAGCCAGAAGAUAUUGAAACGUUAGUUGAGGGCCUCUUUGACGGCAAUCCUGCAUCUAUGGCACGGAGGAAGGCGUAAGCCCACGUACCUAGUUGUGCUGAUUUCAAAAAAUAAUCGGGUUUCUUAUUUUUUUGUACGAUACGUAUAUUUAUUACUACUAAUCUUGGUUCA